AUGGACCACGAAACGUCCGCCAAGAGGAAUCCGCCCGGCUACGUUCCGUGGCUGCCGCUGGGUCAAAAUGUGUUCACGAGCAAGACUGGCCUCCUCAUCUGCCUGGAAAUCCUGUGCUGCGCCGUGGUGUGGGCACUGCUCGCCGCCUCGCGGCUGCCGCGCGCCUUCCACGCGUACCAGGGCUUCAGCAUGUUCGUGCCCGUGUUCCUCUUCGUCGCCUCCCUCGUGCAGCUGCUGCUCUACGCCACGCGUGUGCCCGAGCGCGCCCGGCUGCCCUGGUCCUUCCUGGACGCCGUCUUCUACAUUGUGGCAACCUUCCUGUUCUUCGGUGCCUCGGUGCUGCAGGCCAACAUGAUGGUCUUCAACAACGUCCAGUUGCACUCCGCCAUCGUCUACAAUCUCAACAUCGCCGCCUCGGUGAUCUCAUUCUACACGACUCUACUCUACUUCAUCAGUGCCGUGGUCAGCGUCAGGAGGCGAACUUUCUACUGAGAUUGACCCCCCGCCGCCCCCGGCUCUCGGCUCAAGAUCAUUCCCACGUCGCAGCCUUCGUCAGCCACUUCACGCACCACGCGCACAGUGACGCAUUGUACCACGACUCCCAAGGCAUUCGGUCAAGACUCAAGCCUAACACGGUUUCCUAGUCCCACGUGGAAAUGAAUAUCAGUUAAUACAACUCAAGAGCUCAGUGAAUUGCAUCAUCCCACUGAGUUCAAAAUGUAUUAUUACCACGCUUGUUUACCCAGGAAACCUCACUGAGUUUCAUGACUCCUUUUCAGGAGGGUCCUGAUUCGUGUGUUGUACAUUACAAUUCAUUAAAUU